AUGGAGUCUCCAAAAAUUCCACCAAUUUCCGCGUUGACAGCUCUGGAGCCACGACCCGGUGGCCAAUGGACCGUGAACGAGCAAGAGGGCGAUACCACCUCUCUGACCUACAUAAUGGGCAACGGCACCGAGGCGAUUACUUAUAAUAUGCGCCAGUGUCGAACAGAAGAUGAUGUUCGAAAACAUUGUGCCCCAUUUUUCUACGAGUAUACUGAUAACGUUUCUGAGACCGAAUAUUACCAUCAAAACGCUCACGAAGCUCCCACAGAGUUUAGAGAUGCACAAGGAGUAGCACCCACACUCUAUCAAUCACAAGAGGAAGGCGCAUUACGACAAUACUCGACGGGUCAAAUCCAGCAACCACUCCAAGAGCAUCUUCUCUUUAACACUGAAGCAACCAUUGUUUCACCAUCUGAAUCGCAAGCUCAAGCCAACAUUAUGAAAGUUAUCGAAGCAGACCCUUUCCAAGCAGCCAAGGAGCAUCUAGGCACACAUUACGAAGAAAAACGAGUGCCAGUUCUAGGAGUCAAGUCUCAUUUAGUCGAUGAUCUUAAUGCAGUGAAUUACCUCUCGCUGCAAUUCGCAUAUCCAGACCCACGACAGCUUUACAAUUACGCUUACACAUCCUCUACCGCCACACAACAGUAUCAGCCUGAGAUACCACAAAUGGGUUAUUUUGGGAUGGCUGAGAGUGACACGAUCGAUGUCGACAAUCCUUGGGACAUCGAUAAGAUGCUGGGCUACCAGGAGAACCAAGGCGAGAGAGAUGCAGGUUUACCCCCCAACAACCAAUACAACCCACACAAUGAGUUCUACUACGCCUUUUGA